AGUAUGUCUCUUACCUCUACUCCAAUGAUCCUCCGGUGCCUACACAAACGGUGUAGCUCAUAAUAAUGAGUAUGCUUCGAAUAGGUAUUUUAACCGUCCUAUUAAUCACUGAUGCGGUAAACACAUUACGUCUUAAAGGGAAAUGGAAUCCAUCCAACAGAUAUUUGUUUUUGACAAAGUUUGGCUUUCAACGGACUCAAAUUGAUGAACUUGAGGCCACAAGGGGUUAUAUUUAUGGGACAGUGAAGCUGGAAAACGUGUCAAAUACACAUAAUUUGACAGACCUUGCUACAUUGGUUUUGGUUGACGGUGAGUUCAUUAUGGAUCUUUAUGGAAACGCCACAGAAUCAAUAUGGACACAAAAUGUAACUGGUACGACAUAUCAGGAAAGUCAGUGGCUCAUGGAAACUGAACGUUGCAACAAAAUGUUUGAUAAAAUCAACUCUCUUGCUUGGCACAAGACGUGUUCCCCCACAGGAGAAAUGGAUUUACUUCGAUCCGUACCCUGUUCUUCAUCUGGGCUUUGCGCGGAGGAGGAUGAUCCUGAAAGUGUAGUACCGAAUUCACAAUUUACUUUUAUUGUGCAAGACCUUCGGCAACCACGUUAUUGGUAUUUGAGUUUGGUCGCAUGUAAACGUAAUUUAACUACAUGUAAAUGGGAGACUACUGCAAUUCCUCGUCAUUCAAAUUCAUCAUUAUCAUCGUCAUCAACUUAUUCCUUAUUAACAGUGAUUUAUGAUAUAUGGCUUGUUAAUGGUGAACCAAAAUUACAGUCUUUCAAUCAAUUUGAACAUCAUUUCUCUUUUGAAACACAUGGAAUCGCACAAAUGUUUUUUAUAUUUCUGUCACUCUAUAUUAUUUUGAAUAUAACAACACAUAUCAAACUGGCCAACAACCGUUCACUUCAUGUUUGCCUCUACCUUACUCAUCUUUGGUUGGCUAGUCUGGGAACACUGUUGGCUGCUGUUCACUGGGGUGUUUUUUCAUUCGAUGGUCUGGGACUAGGUCUGAUUUCAGAGCUGGGAACAGUAAUUACACAAUGGGCAGACUCAGUGUUCCUAGCUGUCCUUCUGUGUACAUGUCAAAUGGGUUUCAGUCCUCAAUGUCCGUCAAUCGCAUUCCAAUCUUGUGAUACUUCCAAAGCUCUUCGUCCACUAACCUCCAAAGUUUUUUCCACUUUACCAACCGGAUUCCUCCAUCUUGGUAAAUUUAGUCAUAAAUUGUACAGUUACGAUCCUAUCCAAGAAAAUAUUUAUGCUAGGCCAUCAACUAAUCAGGAAAAGUCCACAUCAUUUUGGCCAUAUGUAAUUUUAUUGGUUACUCUGUUGGUCGGAGUCAAAACUUUACUGUAUAUAUGGGCUAUGUUUGAUAGAGACCCUGUAAUCGAUUUUUCUGUUUGGAAUACAGUACCUGGUUGCUUAUUGUUAGCCUUAAGAAUUUGCCUAGUGUUCUGGAUAUUGGUAGUUGUAGGACGCAGGCAUUUUAUAGCACAGAUUUGUUCGGAGUCGUACAAUAUGGAUUUAUGUAUCUUGGGGCCAAAUAUUAAUACAAUGCAAUUUGCCGCUGGUUAUCUCCUGUGGAUUGUUAUCUUACCGUUAGUAGUGUUUAUCGGUGAGACUAGUGUAUCUCCCUUGUGGCGUACAAAAACUAUAUCAAUAAUAUGCUUCUCUACUGAUUAUGUUGCGGCUGUUGCGUACGCUUGUCUUUUAUGGCGUUCGAAAUAAGUUGUAACUCAGACUCUCCGUCAAAAGUCUCUGGUUUCGAACUUGAGAAAUUGGGAAGAUUUAUAUUAUGAAUCCAUUUUGUGCUUCCAUUACCUUCCAUUAUUGUUCCGCGGUUUUUGGUACUGCUCGCACGUACUCCCGUUUCUGCUUUCACUUGUACCAUUCCUUGGCACGAUCUCGGUAUUCGUUCAAUACCACGAGAUCGCCAACGAAAUAAAUCUGGUUACGAUCGAUCCUCGCCUUCUGAUUUGUCUGGCACGUGUUUCUGGGUAGCGGUGUUCACAGUUAAUCACAACUCGACGCCACGCUACAAUUGGUAAUCCCAAUUCGACUACAUUUGGUGACCCGUAUUUUGGAACACGCCUCAGCUUCUGAUCAAAUCUUCCAAAGAAGCCAAUUCGGUGAGUCUAUGAUUUAUCUAUCCACGUCUGUCGUAUAUUUUCAUAUUUCUUAAUAUUUAAUAUACGCGACAUGACGGAUAACGAUAAGAAUAGUAUUAAUAUAAUAGACUUACACGUAUAUGUACCGAAUCCUUGUCACUUUUUAUUCGCGUGAUGAUGAAUUCCACGCUUUAUUCGAGAAAUGUUACCCUAUUAACGAUUCUCCUCGCUGACCCGGCUGCUUGGUACGGAAUGCAUAUGCAUAAGCAUAUCCGUCUACCACCCAGCACCAAAUGGUUAAGUUGAACAGUUUCACUGCCAAAUAAAAGUGUUCUACGAGCACACGAAAAUGGCAACUGGCACGAAAUCUUACCGCUCGUUCUUUUAGGGGGGGAGAACGAGCUUAAAGGCAGAUAUCCAAUGUUCCGCCACUGAACUUGUAUACGGCACGACAUUGCGUCUGCCCGGAGAAUCCUUCACACCACGGAGCAGACCUAAUUUCGGUAAAUCAGACAACGUCCGUCGACUGUCUGCAUUUAUGUGAACGCUGUCUCCGGUGUCAACUCGAAUACAACAUCGACAGGUCGCUCUCCCUCGAGAGUUAUCUACCUGUUCACAUGUUUUCAUACGAGUAGAUUCGGUACGCAAACCUUUGCAACAACCUUACGAAGGCCCUUUUCGCGUGAUCGCUCGUCACGAAAAGACCUUCAAGGUUGAUCGACACGGCCGCGUCGAGAUCGUCAGCAUUGAUCGUCUCAAACCAGCACACGUCGAUGACAGUGCCCUAUCUGAUAACCUGAGAUUCAAUGCUAGACCAAGUAAACCUACUAGCGGGAUCCUCAAACCAUCUUCAGGUCCCACGCUAGAUACAACUGAGACCUCACUCUCACGUCCCAGUCAACAGCACGCGUCAUCUGCACCGUCUACGGACGAGACGACAGUCUCACGUCCAGAUCAGCAGAACACGCCGCCCUUGACUUCGGAUGAGAUUGCAGGCUCACGCGACGCGAACGAGACUAUCGUCUCACGUUCCGGUCGCCGAGUACGGUUACCCGUACGCUUCCUCGAUUAGUCGCACAGUCGACAACCGAUACGGUGUAGGAAUAUUCCUAUGCUACUUGCAUGCUACACUCUUCUUUUUUGAUUUUCUUUUUGUUUCCUGAGCCCACGCCUUCGACCAUCUCCGUUUGGUUCCGUCGACUUCAGUCAACUUUGGCGAAAGCUGGCCUGAUCACCCACGCUCUUGUCAACGUACUCAGUCGAUAUAUUGGUUUCGAAUGCUUGGCAUACGCUUGGUCUCGAACUUGGUCGUUACGGUCGCUUCUGGUCUUUUGGCUCAACGUGGUUUCGUCCUACGUCUGCAGCGUUUCUGGUGCGCACCUCUACGAACGCCCUCUUCAGAUUCUGGAUACAAACCACUCUGGUGUAGCAUGCCAACUCGAGCAAUCAAUACAACACAUCGCUCCUGGUACUGUUCUCCGAAAACGACCUUCGUUGGCAACUCGACGAUCAACGAUCGCUUUCCUGUUCGCCAAUCUUUCCGUCCUACAAUCGCUCGUCAGCCGAUCAGUCCCACGAUUCAAACCGCUAUUUAUCGAAAGUGUAAACCCUUUCUAGCGGGGGGCUCCUGUAGUGACUCACAUUUAUCACGAGAACACGACUGGUUUAAUAAAAACAAUUAUUAUUAUAACCAAGUGUACCAGUGUUUGUUUUAAUGUGCUUUUGUUUAACUGUGCUAAUUGUAGCCAUUUUGUGCUUCCAUUACCUUCCAUUAUUGUUCCGCGGUUUUUGGUACUGCUCGCACGUACUCCCGUUUCUGCUUUCACUUGUACCAUUCCUUGGCACGAUCUCGGUAUUCGUUCAAUACCACGAGAUCGCCAACGAAAUAAAUCUGGUUACGAUCG